AUGGCCAAAAUCAUGAAGGAUGUUGUGCGCCCCUCGGGGGCUGAGGAGCCAAGCAUGGCGCGGGCUGUGGUCCGCAGCGUGGGGGGCUUCACCCUGGGCUUGUCCUUAGCCACGGCCUAUGGGCUCCUGGAGCUGCUGGUGGAAGGGCACAGCCCCUGGGGCUGCCUGGUGGGCACCUUCACUUUGGCUGCCUUCCUUAGCCUGGGCAUGGGAUUCUCCCGCCAGGUCCGAGUCACAGUCCUCCUGCUACUGCCCCAGGCCUUCUCCAAGCAGGGCCGGGCACUGCUGUUCGUGGUUGCCUUUGGGUUGGUGCUGCAAGGACCUUGUGCCAACACCCUGCGCAACUUCACCCGGGCCAGUGAGGCGGUGGCCUGUGGGGCAGAACUGGCCCUGAACCAGACGGCCGAAAUGCUGGAGCGGGCCAAGCAGCCCCUUGUCAGUGCCCUCAACAAGAUUAAAGCCAUUGCCCAGAAGGCCAAAGAGGUGGCUGACCGGGUCCGCAAGUUCUUUCGGUCAAUCAUGGAUGGCGUGAAGCACGUAGCCAGGGCCCUGCGGAAUGUGUGGUACUGGCUCCUGCACAUCGGCGACGUGUGCAACGCCGAGCUGGGAAACCCUUACUUGAAGUGUGCCCGGGUCUUUGAUGAUGCCAAAGACAACUGCAUGAAGGUCAUACCACAAGCCUACCACCUGUGUUACGUGCUCAUGCCCUUCAAGCUGGUGCUCUGUGGACUCGCCAGUGUGGUUCAAGUGUUCUGCGUCAUCCCCAAGUACAUCCAACCCUUCCUGCGCAAGACCAUUGGCACCCCUGUGAUGAAGUUGAUUAACCGGGUGCGUCAAGAGUUUGAGUUCAAUGUGACAGCCACUCACCACUUCUCUGUGGACCUCAAUGCCUCUCGGAGCCUGUCCCAGGUAGCUCUGGACCUCCACGAGGCUGUCAGCAUGAAGCUGUACCGUGUCCGUGAGGCCCUGGCUCUGAUGGGCUACACCACACCUCUGCUGCUCACUCUGCUCUACCUCCAAGCCCUGUUUUACCGGUACUGUUACCUGAACUGGGACCAUUACGACAACAUCUACAUCACCAGCCGCUUCAUGCACAUGGAAGCCGUCCGCUCCAUGGCGGGAUUGCCCACAGUGCUGCCGCUUAGUGCCCACGAGGCCAGACACUACAUCCAGCCGGGCUCCAUCUUCCUGUCCCGGUGGGAGCAAAUUUUUUACAUCAUGGCAACCUUCAACCUUAUUCGGCACCUCCUCCUGGUGCUGCUCCUGGUCUUCCUGGACUAUGCUGUUUUCUGGGUGCUCGACCUAGCCCGGCACCAGCUGCAGGGCGAGAUCGUGGCCCGCAGCCCUGUGUUAGUAUCCAUAACCGUGGAAGGCACCGGCUAUACUGGGAAGAUUUACCGUGACCUGGUGUCGGCAUUUGAUGUCCUGCAGCAAGGCAACAUCAGUAUCUUGUCCCGGCGCUGCCUCCUGCAUCCCUCGGAGCCUGACCCCGCUGGUUACAUACUCAUCGGCACCAUGUAUGGCCUAUGCUUCUUUGUCACUCUGUUUGGCAACUAUGUCAGUCGGCUGCGGCGGGUCAUCUGUGCCUCCUACUACCCAUUGCGGGAGCAGGAGAGGAUCACCUACCUCUACAAUGUACUUCUGAGCCGCCGAACCAACCUGUUGGCUGCCCUGCAUCGAACCGUGAGGCGGCGGGCAGCUGACCAGGGCCACAUGAGUGUCCUCCAGGGGCUGGCCAUGAGGUGCUCCUGCCUGGCUCCAUUUAUCAGCCACUUUUGGAAGCCCCAGGCCUACUGCCUGGGCUGCGGGCAGCCCCAGGACGAGGGGGACAUGGAGAACUUUGUGUCCUGCAGUACCCCCGGCUGCCAAGCUCUCUUCUGCACCACCUGCUUCCGCCUCCUGGACAACACCUGCUCUGUGUGUGCAUCUCCUCUCUCCUACCAGGGGAAACUGGACCUGGAGCUGGACUCCAGUGACGAGGAGGGCCCCCAGCUAUGGCUGGCUGCAAUUCGAAAAAAGGACCCUGAGCAAGAGUGGUUACUGCGGCAACGGCUCCAAGAAGAGCUGAACAGGACCGUCUCAUCAGAGUCCAGCUCCGAGUCCAGUGACCGGGAUGAGGAAAAGGGGCCUCAGAAGAGGACCCACAGGCAGCAGCCCCUCCCUGAGGCCAAGUCUGUCAGCAUUCCCAUGCCUGCUCAGCCCCACUGACCACCUCAGAAGUCCUCUGCCCCCAAAGCAGCCCCUCCCCAGCUUCAGAAGUCCCAGUCCCUCUGUCUCUCAUCUCCCUUUCCUCCUGAUCUCUCCCACCUACCCCCAAAAUAAAGGAAUCAAAGGUGGACACAAGUGUGAAUCUUAAAUUAUUAUUAUUUCUUCCUGUCGCUUACACCCGAGGUGGGGGGCAGGGGAAGGGGAGGGGAAAAGGAGAGGGGGGAUUGCCUCCCCCCCUAAGGCACUGAGUGGAGAAGCCGCAAGGGGGGAUGGGGGAGGCCACAUUGUCCUCACUCCCCGGGGCUAGGCCCCAGGUCUCCCCAGCCCUGGGCUCCCCCAUCACCUGAAAUGCUAAGAUGAGGCCCUGGGCCACCCGACCUCCCCCACCCCAAUAUAUUACAUCAUCACUUUUUAAAUAGAUACAGGGACUGGUCCCACUACCCCCUCCCUGUGACCCCCCCCACUAUUGGGGGUACCUGGGCAGCUGUGCAAAUGGGCGUGGGGGGGUGCAUGGGAGGGAGGGAGAGCACCGGGCCCCUGAACCUGCCCCUUUUAAGGAGGGGGAGGGGCCGCCAGGCCAGGGAGGGGAUAUAGUGCAAGGCAGAGCCCAGGCCGCAAUGGGGGUCCAGCACCCAGCGAGGAAAGGGGGGGAGAGACCCCCACCCCCAGCAGAAUUGGGUAGUUAAAAAUCUGAAACUAGAUUUCAACAAGACCAACAGAAGAGGCUAUGUACAGAACAGGGGUAGAUUCAGUCCUAAGGGAAGAGUGAGGGGAUUAUUCUCCCUGACCCAACAGGAAGCGCGGCUGGCAAGGGUCUGGGAAAAGGACCCCUUUCCCUCAGGUCCGCAGCCCACUCUCCCAGCGGCCAAGCAAGACGUUAUUUGCCCACUGCCUUGGGAAGGGGCGCCGCUCGCUCACCAGCUGGGCGGUUGAGGCGAGUGAAGCCGGCUCGCUGGAGGUGGCCGCCGGGGGCGCUCGCCCGCGCAGGGCAUGGCCGCCAGAUGGCGCCGGCUCGCCCGUUCUCCGCAAGGCUCCCCCAACCCCUCACCCGGUCCCACACCCUGCGCCGCGCCAGCCCGGGGGCGGCGUGAGUCAGGGGCGGCAGCGGUGGCGGCGGCUCCGGCUCGCACCUGGGCGGGGAGGAGGUGGGGAGGAGAAGAGGGUAGGACGCUGCCCGGCCCGCCCUGCCCUCUGGCCCCGGGGAGGGAGCGGCGGGAACAAGACAUUCCCUGCCCGCGGACGCGGGAGGGGAGGGCCGGGGAGGAGAACCGAGCGGAGCGGCUCCCCUCGCUGGGCGGGGCCCCUCCCGCUGCCCCCAGGGGCGGGCGAGCCAAUCAGGCCACCCCGCCCCCUUCUUCUCCAGGACCCCAUGACUCAGCGCCGGGAGCAGGGCGGAGGGGGACUAGGAUGGCUCCUUCCUUACAGGCCCAGUCCCCCAGUCUUUCAAGCUUCUACCUUGCUUUCCCCCACCUACCCUUCCUUUGCCGCCCCCUUUGCAUAAUUCACUGCCAGGAAAAGGGAACAGAAACCAGGAAGGAGGGGUCUCGGAAGGGAGGGGCAGUCCUUCUCCCCUCUACACAGCCAAAACCCCAAGGGGCGUGGGGGCGGGGCAAGGCUUUGGUCCCAAGCCCCCCACCCCCUAGAAACCCGCAUAGCCGAAGAGGGAUCCCGCAAAUCAGAAAUACAUUAUUGCUUCUACUCCCCAGGAGCAGCUGGAGACAGGGACCCCACCUUUACAAUAGAGCUGUAAAUAUAUACA